ACUCAUUUCAGCCCCAAUAUUUUGAGUCAUUCCUCCAAUUAUCCGUUUACUGAUUUAUUUGUUUAAGGAAAUUAUCCCUUUUAUAUCAAUCCUUCAUUUUUCAUCUUAAUUAAUUCGAAUCAAUAGCGAUUCUGCCUCAAGAAGCUCCGCUGCAAAUAGGGAAAUUGGUGGGAGAAAUUUGUGAAAAGCGAAAAUGGCAGCAACAACAAUUUCAUCUUGUAUUUUCUGCCAGAAAGCUUCUAAUUCUACCGCCAAUAACCUUCUUCAUUUUGUCUGCUCCUUUCGUUUCUCUGAUUAAAACCAUUUUUCUUGUGCUUCUUCUUCUUCUUCUCUUAUACCGGCGAUUGAAUGAAGCGUCCCUGAUUAAGUAUAUCGGAUUCUGCAGGAUGAGAGAGUCGUUGCUUUUGAAGAUAUAAACCCUUCUGCUGUCAGUAGGUUCUCAGUGGCCAUCUAUGACCUUCGUGAGUUGCCAUCUCGAAGGUGCUGAGGAUGGCCUCUAUAAGGCCACUACAUGGCAUUUCUUGGUAAUUCCCAAGGAGCAUAUUCCCACAGUUAGGAAUCUCCAGAGAAGAGCUGAAGAUUACUCACUCGCAGUAAGUCACAUGUUGGGGGUGGGACAGACACUUUUAUCCCAAGAUUCACCUCAAUUAAAGCACAGAUUUGGCUUCCAUCAGCCACCAAUGAACAGUGUCAAUCACCUACAUCUCCAUUGUUUUGCUCUUCCCUACGCACCUCGGUGGAAGUUUGUAAAAUAUUUAUCAUUGGGAUCGAUCGGGUUCAUUGAAGCUGAGAAGUUGUUGGAGAAAAUAAAGCCUUAACUCACACACCAGAUCACUUCAACAGUAGUGAGUAUGCGUUCUCUAUGAUUGUUCACUGUUAUAAAGAGCAGAAAAGUUUGAUAACUCCGACCAAAAUUAAGGCAUCUAUUAUGAGUGUAUUUCUUCGUAGAUUCAAAGUUUUGUGUCAAUCUCUACAGGAAUUGUUCUUUUAGUAUUCACUGGAAGAAAGGCUUUGUUUUUAUUGCUUCUGAUUCAGGAAAGGGACCAAUGGCUAGCCUUAAAUUAUCAAGAUUCUUUUUUAUUAUUAUCAUUUUUAUUUUGUAGUAGAAUGAGAAGUAAGAGAUGAAUGUGUAAAUGAGUAAUCAAUGUACAAUUGCUCAUAUUUUCUCCCUUGGAAGAAUAUUUAGUUUCCAGGAAGUGUGAGUUUGGUAUAAUUUUGGGGAAUAAUAAUAUAUUAAGGGAA